AUGGCCGACGGUCGACAAGAACCAUACGACCCUUACAUGCCAUCGACGGGCAAUGCUCAAGGCGGCAAUGCGCGAACUGCGGCGCUUCAAGCGGCCUGUUUCCGAGCAUCCGCAAUGAAGGUCGCUCAGGAGUUUCGCAUGGCGAACAGCACAGCGACACAGGCGAGAAGGACAAGAAGAAUACCAGGAGCCAAUGUCUUUCGACGAGCCUCGAUGCCGGUUCGCAUCUUUGCGCAGGACAAGGGUCGAUCUGUACAAGCGAAAGAGAACAUGGGCUUCAAAUUUGCGUAG